AGGAAAACACGUGUUUCGGAACCACCACUUUCGAGACGAAGUUCUUUCUACGUUUUCCUUUCACUGAAAUUAGCUCGAACUAAUUUUCAAAACUUGUUUCUCUUAACAACAACCUUUCAUACCCUGAGAGGCUUGCUCAAAUCGGUGUUUUGCAACGAAAUUAAACCACCCGGAAUAAUAAACUACUCAAGUUUAUUGCGCCAAGUAGACGAGAAGAAAACCAUGGCGAGCUACAACGAAAACGAAUCCAAGUCCACCCCCCAUGGUGGCAACAACUGCAACAAGAAGCGCGCAGUCCUCGGUGGAGCGGCUUCUUCUCUCGCGGCGGGGGCCACCGUUGUGCACCUGCUGGCCAUCGGGACGUCGGUGGACGCUGCGCUGGUGACCACGAAGGGCCAGCACAGCACCGCGCGCGUCGGCACCUCCGCGAAGACAACCUCCCAGCGCACGAAGAAGAAGAAAACCUCCAAGAAGAUCGCGGCACAGGAAACUCACCGUGUGCUGGUGGAGCACGAGGAGAAGAAGAAUUUGCGCGCUGGCGGAAAGAGCAAAAUGCACAUCUUCAUUGACUAUCAACUGUAAAAAUGUCUGGGUCUGGAAACUUGUAAUGCUGUGCGGCGUAUCAUGAGGAGGCUACAAGUGCUGGCUCAGCAUGUUGACAAGUUUCUGAGCUUCUUGGUGUUGCCUACUCUGCAUGACAAACUGCGUUUCUGCAUGACAGAAAAAUGGGGGUCUUGGGUAAUGUGCAUGACAAAUUUAAGAGUCAUGUGAGACAAGCAUGACAAACUUGCAUUCUUCCAGACCCAGACAUAUUUGCAUUUGAUAUUGACCUCGACAAAACUUGCGAGGCAAUCGUGGAAGAAAAGCCAUGCAACGACCACACGGAGCAUAUGGCGUUCUCAAACGUUACAUUUUCAACUGUUACAUGAUUUGUCAUGCAAAAUUGCCAUAAGCAACCAGAACCACACGACCAAGCGGCUGCGCAUGACAAAUUCGCGAAGGACGGAACAGCAUGGAAAUCUGUGCAAAAUUUGUGAUGCUAGAGUUGCAAGACCCUCCCUUCCACUUUUGCUGCUCUGCACUGCAAAUUCAUGUAACAGUUGGGAAUGUAACGUUUGAGAACUCCAUAGAGCAGCGCGUGAAAGGCGUCUGUCAGUGGUCCAACGGAAAAUGCGAGUGGAAGCAGCCCACGGCGUGCGACAGCGUGAUCGUGAAGGACGGGGAGGACGUGGCGGAUGCGGAAAAACGCUGCCACGCGAUCACAGACCAACAUCUGAACCGGAUGUGCCAGUGGGACGGAAAAGGCAAAAAGCCGAAGUUUGGAUGGGUCUUUUCUACUACUCAAAUGCAGCCGGAGUGCUUCGAGGUGACGGCGUUGGAAAACGCUGCCGAGGCGUGCCCGAAACUGGGUGGAGGUAUGGGACAAAAGGCGGUGGAGCAAUGCACAGAAACGCGUGUGGAAGACGAUUGCCAAGCGUACUUGGAAGAUUCAGCCAAAACCUCCGUCGAGGAAUCGGAUGUGGUGCUUUGCCAAGCCCGGCUGCCCGAGGAGGAGCCGUACGUCCAAACCCGAGGUCCCGUCAUUGUUCCACCCGGCUCGGGAGCAGGGGGCAGUAUCGUAAGGAAAAAUCCCCCUCCCCAUAUCAAAAAGGUACCCCUCAGAAAAUUUUUGGCUCAUUUGUGACCACAAAAAUCUUUUUGUCUUGCAAGAAUGCAACUCUACAGUCUCCGCCGCAUUACUUACGCGGACGGUUUGUGAUGCUGCUUGGGCUACUGUUUAGACAUUUGCGAUGCUGGGCGCCCACGUCAGAAGCUCUGCACUCAGGCGCGGCAUAUGCUCGCAUUCCUCUACUGCAAGAGAGAUCCGAUUUGCGUACGGAAGUCCAGCAUCAGAAGCUUUCUGUGUUUUGAUAUGGAGAGGGGGGAUGUUUCCUUACGAUAGAGGGCAGCUCGCCUGACUGCAGCACGAUCGAGGAGGAGGCGAAGUGCACCAAAAUCAUUCUCCCGAACACGGCCAUGACCCCGAAAUGCGCGUUAUGCAAUACGAAUUUCCACUCGUACAUGUACAAGAUGCAUCUUCACAAAUUUCACCAAUUUGGAGCGCUGCCAGCACACUUGUCAUGCUAAACUAGGAUCGAAGCGGAUCGGAAGCCCAAAUUUGUCAUGCAGAGACCUCCGCAUUUGUACGUGUACGGGAAAUUAUUUACUUAGGAUACGCGUGGGGCGAAUACAAGUGGCCGUCCUGGUGGGGUGUAUAUCCGGCAGUUUACGUCGAAAAAUGCUUCGAAACAAACGAAGUGGCAGACGCGCAAUUUGAAUGCGCGAAAUUCGGCACGAACGGCACGAAGCAGACCGGCCAUAUUGUGAGGAAAAAUCCCCCCUCGUCAUAUUGACAAGGAGGCACGUUUCCGAAAAUUUGUGUUGCUGAUUUGUGACCACAGACCACGUCGUUCUUGCAAGAAGGCAACGCCACAGGAGGUUCCGCCGCAACAUUAUGCGAGCGGUUUGCUAUGGUGCUGCUGGGCCUAAUACAGCGCGGACGUUUUUCAUGCAAAGCGCCUAGACCGAAACCCUUCUACUCAGGCUUGGCAUGGGCCUGCAGUUCCCUCCCGCAAGAUAAGUGUGAUUUAUGCGUUACGCAGAUCCAGCAUGCGAUUGCUCGUUUUGAUUUGGGGCGGGGGAAUUUUUCCUCACAAUAGGCCAGAUUGGAGAACAGGCCUGCAUGGAUGCUCUGGAUGGGUUAUCUUGCCGCGCGUACCCUGCAGAUCCGAAUUUUACCGGCAACCUCGCGGACAAAGACUCGACCGAAAUCAGUUGCAUGUCGCGGUUACCGAAGUGGAUCCCUCUAUACGGCUUGCGCGGAGGGGAGGUCUCGCCCCCCGACCAGACUUCCAUGGAACAAGAGUACUGUGAAAAGCAGGGGCAAAAAACGUGCACCUUGACCCUGCCUCAAGGUCAGAGUGCAGUGCAUGCGGCGGGCCCUAGCGCUGGUGCCAGUUGCGUCAUGAUGUGGGACGGCAGUGUGGGUGGAAAAGAAAACUAUUGCACUUGGUCGGGACAGCUGCUGUUCGACAAAAAGCUGGGAGAUCGGCUUUGCGAGCUCGCAGCAGGGUUCACAAAAAAGUGCACGGAAAAUGCGCUCGAGGAGGCGGCGCAGUGGUUGCGAAUCGAUCCCUGGAUGUACAGGCAGUUCGAUUGUACCAGCAAAGGUGGUGCCUCGGGUAAGUGCGAGUCCCGCCACGCUCCGCCCGAGAAGUACGGAAUCGUGGUAGCCUUCGGGGGCGUUGGUGGGGGCGCGACGACGGACCCGUGUGAAGCAGGAGGCGGGGACGCGGCUACAUGCAACAAGAUUGACGGGUGCAUUUUCAAGAGUGACAAGCCCGGGGAGAUGAAGAAGUGUGUUGUGAACGAAGGCCGGGUGACGGAGAUUUGCGCGGAAAACGACACCGAAGAAACUUGCGGCAAGAACACGGACCACGACUGCACCUGGCAUUGGGAGUACAACGAGGUGAAGCAAGACGAACAAGGCAAUUGGAUUGGCGGGUACGAGUACCAUUGCAUGCCGGGAAGGCCCAGCGACUACGAUGGUCUCGUGGGUGGAAGUGCACCGGCCAAAGGUGAAGGAGCUGGCGCCGAUAUCAAAGGAAAAAUCCUCCCUCCCCAUAUCGAAAUGGAAAUCUGUGAUGCGGGAUUUGUGUACACAAAUCGGCUUUGUCUUGCAGUAGAAGACUGAGGGGCAGAUACAAAGCCGGAGGAGGGGCGUUUUGGUGUAGGCGCCUAGCAAGGCAGGCAUACCCUCCGUAGGCAAUACAGCACUACAAACUGCCUGCAGAACGCGGCGGGGUUUUUGGAUUUGCCUUCUUGCAAUACAGAGACGAUUUGCGGUCUCUAAUCAGCAUCGCAAAUUUUCAGAAGUGUCCCGUUUUGGUAUGGGGAGGGGGGAUUUUUCCUCGCAAUAGCCGACCCGGCGUCCUUCUCCUUCAUGAGAGCGUACUGCUAUCCUGUGCAAAAGUAUCGUACUCGGAGUAAUCGCGAUCAUGCAUUACAAAUUUCCCUCCUAAUCUAAAUCCGUAUUACAAAUUCCAUCUUUUAUGCUGAGGGAAUUUGUAAUGCAUUUAUACGAGUACGAUACUUUUGCAGUGCAUAACUGUAACAAUCAGACAACGAAGGACACCUGCCAGUUGGACGCCUUAAGCCACACUGAUAAUCCUGUCAGUUGCCUGUGGCAGUGGAACAGUACCGCUGGAGACAAUUUCUGCCGUUGGUCGGGACAGCUGCUGUUCGACGAAAAUAUUGGCAAUCCGAUUUGCGCUGCCGGAUAUCCCACAGAAAAAGACAGGCAGGGCAUGAUAUUUUAAAAGGCAAAAGAAAGUUGUAGAUGAAACACACAAAAAAGGAAGUGACUCCACAUAAUACAUUGGGAGGUAGAGCAAGCUGGGCUCUUGGUCAUGCAAAAGGGACAGCAGAUCAACAGAAUAAAACUAGUUGGUCAGAAGGCUACUUCUUAAAAGGAAGCAGCAACGAAGAUGAAGCUGAAGACUUACAAGGGCAGUGGAGAAGCGCAUCGCGAUAGUAGCCUAAUGAUGUAAAGGACCACCGGGGAUGCAACUGGAAUCGCGACAAGCGCCAAGCGCCAAGCGCCAAGCGCCAAGCGCCAAGCGCCAAGCGCCAAGCGCCAAGCGCCAAGCGCCAAGCGCCAAGCGCCAAGCGCCAAGCGCAGUCUCCAAAAAGAAGCUAUUUAUGCACUAUGUUUCCUCUCUUAGUAGUACACUAAUAGCUUUGGGUCCUUUUUCAUGACUGUAACGAGAAUUCAGGCUCCAGACCUGAAUUCCUGUUCCCUGCUGGAAGCACAGGUCGAUUGUAUCGUCGCGAAAUUUCGCGGCCAUAAAAUCAACCUCUUGGACGCAGAGGCUGACUUUAUCGUCGUGUGUUGGCGCCGUCGGCCCUCCAGCCAGCGGCAGCGUGCGCAUUCGCGUGCGAACGGGCGAGGGAGGACAGGCUAUCGCCAUCCGCGAAGAAAGUUGUCGAUGAAACACACAAAAAAGAACGCUCUUGCGUGCCUUGAACAGCAUGCGAUGACGAGCUUGCCCAUGACAGAUUUUUGUGUUAAGUACAAGUUAUUUUUUGCGUUGCAAAUAUCAGGAUAUGCUUAUGCCCUGCUUGCUUUUUUCUGUAUGAUACCGCAUUCGCGUUGAAGGGAGAGAAAGAGUGCACGGGAAAUCUGUUCGACGACUUUCGGCAGUGGUACGGGAGGACUCUCAAACGUUACACUGUCAAAGCUGUUAGAUCUUGUCCAACAAAAGUCGGACCAUUACCCAGGUAAUGCCCCCAAAAACCAUGCAUGCAUCGGCAUCCCCCCCCUCCCCCCCAUUACUCAGCGCAGGGAAAAGGCGGCCCGCGCUUCUGCUCCCCCCACGGUAUGGUGGUGGUUUGGUUAUUUCUUUCUGCAUUCAUCACGGCCCUUCGCGAAGCCGCUCCGCGGCGGUACGCCACAGAUGCUGUGGAAAGCAUUUUAGUAGAAAUCGCUUUCGGUUUCGCAUUAAUAUAAAUAGAAACUGAAGCCCCCCUUAUAUCGCGCAACGGCAGGAAGUUGCUUUCCAGCUCUGCCUGUGCGCUUAUCGCCGGCGAAAGAAAUUACAUUACAUCAAAGUCGCUCAGCAUUACAAACUGAGUUCGACGUCGUGCUCAUUUUAAUAUUGCUUGAGAAGCAGACUUGUCAUGGAUAUGACUGCAAUUAGUAAGCACAACAAGCAACGAUGCUUUUGCACAGGAUAUUAGUAGCGCCACCUCCGCGAUCUUCGUUUCGGCAGUGGUACGGGAGGACUCUCAAAGCUGUUACCAACACACAUGCCCUCUACAAGAGCUGCAGUCUGGUCUGCAACCAACAAGCAUGUCCUGCGACAUGAACAGACGCCAUCAAUCAUUUUUGCGCACCCUAGCGCGUUUUUUUCCGCAUCUGCAUCUACUGGCACUUCAGUGGCCGGCGAUGCUUCACAGUCGUAGGAAGGCCGGUAUUGGUCAAAGGGUCCUAUUUUAUUGAACAGCCGCGCUGUGCGGUGAGUUGCAAUUUUCUUUCAGACUGCCUGUUGCAGCACAUCUUUGGCGCCCGUCUCAGGGUGUAAAGUUUCCGCCCACUUCAGAUUGCCAAGUUCCGACUUCAUGUCGACAAUCUUUCAGGGUCUGUGCCCGUUUCAGGAUGCCGUCUUUCAGUUUCGCCUUGACCUGUUGUUGGGGUGGCUGAGUGUAUCAAUUGACGUCCUCUCCACGUAUCCGCCCCCAGCAUCAUAAUCGUGGCCCGCUUUCAGGCUGUUUUACUUUCCGGCUUUCAGCAUCAUAUCGGACCGUCUUCCGGGAUUUGCAGGCCCGGCCCAUUUUAGGGCGUCGGCUGCGGACAUGGUCCCGCCCACCACUUUCUCUCUGUGUUAGUGUUUCCCAUCGCCUUUCAAGGGUGUCGCAUUCUAAGCUUGUUGCGAGCCGUUUAGUGUGGUGCGCCAAUUUUCGGCCGUUUUCGGGCUUCCAACCAACAUCACUGCUGCAGCAGCAGCAGCAGCAGCGACGACUUUCGGCAGUGGUACGGGACAACUCUCAAAGCUGUUACAUGAAUAAUUUGUGCUGCAAGAACAGACAAAGCGAACGAAACGGAGGGAGCUUGCGCUUUAAAUGCAUAUACCACUACAGGUUUCUUGGCGCAGUAGAUUUUGAUUCUAUUUGGCGCGUCGAUAAAAACUUGUUACGCGAAGCAGCUUGAAGAUCGUGGAGAUAAAGAUAUGAAUGGCAAGAAUGCUGCGUAAAAAAUCGUGUAAAAACAGUUGAGAGCGUAACGUUUGAAAACCCCAUAAGUGGCUGCGAGACCCGGACGGCACGAUGUACGCGCAGUUCGAUUGUUAUGGAAGUGUCAGGAUUGAAAUCGUCAAAGUUGAAAUAGUUUGUGACGCAUAAAAUGCUAGACGCAAAGGGCCUGUCUUGCAGAGCAGGCAACUGAGGCCGAUCAUCAGCCUGUUUGUUGGGGUGUGAGGUAGAGCUGCUAAGAUAGCAUGACAAAAGCAGUCUUCUCUGCGCAAACAGCAUGACAAAUUCGAUUUCCAAUUCCAUGCUCCCAAAAUUUGUCAUGCGCCACUUGCAAACUGGGCUCCAGCUUGUAUCGCUUUUCUGCAUCACAGAUUAUUUCAACUUUGACGAUUUCGAUCCUGACGCUUCCAUAACUGUCGUGUCGUGGUAAAUAGCGCGGGAGGAAAAGCGUGCGUUUCCGUAUGAACUGCAAAAGCAUCGCAUUCGUAUAAAUGCAUUACAAAUUUCCUCAGCAUGAGAAAUAAAAUUUGUAAUGCUGAUUUACGUUAAGAAAAAUAUUUGCAAUGCAAGACUUGCAUUUAUACGAGUGCGAUACUUUUGCACAGAAUAUUCCGUGCACAGCGACGAUUACCAGAUUGUCACAGCCAUGGGCGUUGGUGGGGGCGCGAAUCCGCAACAGGCCGACUUGUCGGCGUUCGACUCUUUGGUCUCAUCCCCGUUGGAAGAAGGGUGCAAAACACUGAAACCGUUUCAAGUAAUUGAGUGCGAGGAAACGGACGUGGACGACGAUGGCAAAGUCGACUGUCAUAUCAAAUGCAAAUAUCUCUGGGUCUGGAAGGUUCCAAGAAACUGUGACGCGGCUUCUGGAAUAGGCAAAAAUUUGUAUUUGGUGAACGCCAAAAGCUGGCCAUUUCUUGCUGCGCAACUAGGGAUUUUCUCAUGUGGAUUAGGGAUCAAGAGGCCUGCGCAAUAAAACCUGUAAUGCUUUUGCGUGCAUUAGAGACCAGACCAUUUCUUUGCGUGAUCCAAAAGAUGCAUGACAAACUUCUGCACUCAUCCAGACCCAGACAUGUUUGCAUUCGAUAUGUCAGCUGGGGAACACAAUCGAGGACGCGAUUCUGCUCCCGCUCCAGGAGAAUCCGCAACCGCUUCCGUCAGACGCCAGUUUGCUGGAGUUGGGAUCAUAUCAAAUAUAAAAAUGUCUGGGUCUGGAAGGUUGGAACUUGUGAUGCUAACUUUGGACUCUAAAAAAACCUGUAUUGCAUAACCAGCAAGAGCAGGAAUCUAGUUUGUGCAACGCUUGCAGGGCAUUUGUCAUGCGGAGUAGCCAUCAGGAAGCCCUCUAAAAAUCUGUGAUGCUAGGUCGUGCAUUACAGACAUCCUGGGCCAUGCAAAAUUUGCACGACAAACCCGGCAACAUUGCACACCCAGACACUUUUGCAUUUGAUAGAUCAUCUUCAUCCUCGCGGCGGAGUACUAAGUAUCAAAUGCAAAUAUGUCUGAGUCUGGAAGAGUGCAUGUUCGUCAUGCUUGUCUGGCAUGACUCUUAAAUCUGUCAUGCACGUUACCCAAGAGCCCCAUUUUGCUGUGAUGCAGAAACGCAGCUUGUCAUGCAGAAUAGGCAACGCCAACACCUAGAAGCUCAAAAGCUUGUCAUGGUGAGCCAGCACUUGUGGCCUCUUCAUGAUACGCCACCCAGCAUCACAAGUUUCCGGACCCAGACACUACUUUUUCAAUCCAUACUAAAACCGGCGACAUGCCUCCCCCGCAGUGCUACAGCGGUCAGCGGCUGAUGGCCGCGCUGCUGGGUUGCCCGGCGUACGGCGGUGGCACGGGGGUCGACGGGAAGGCCCAGUGCGAAACCGCGCUUGCGGCGUCCUGCAAGGCUACCUUCGACGAUGCCAUCCCGAGGUAUGGGACUCUCAAACGUUACAUUCUCAACUGUUACAUGAUUUGUCAUGCAAAAUGAGCAUCAACAUCCACAAGGUGAAGCUACUUCGCAUGGCAAAUUUUUGCAAGGCUAAAAAGCGCCUAAAUCUGUGCGGAAUUUGUAAUGCUACAGGUGCAACCUUCCUGCUUUGAGUUUUGCCAUUCUUGCAUCACAAAUUCAUUUGGCUCUGACCCUAUGCCGCUCUGGCCCCUGCGGAGGCUUGCCUCCCCAGCGACGCCGGACAAUGGCAAUGUCGGUGCGGUUGUUUUAGCAUCACAAAUUCAUGUAACAGUUGAGGAUGUAACAGUUGAGAACGCCAUACGAGGGUCGACGGAAAGUGGAACCUCACUGCGUACCCGGACCAGACCAUCAAGUGCGUGUCGAAGCUGCCCAACCCGUAUCAAAAUGAAAAAUCCCCCCUCCUCAUAUCAAAGUGGAAACUUCUGAUGCUGAUUUGUGUAACCAAAUCCGACUUGAUGUCUUGCAGCACGGCACUCGUCCUGCCAGAUGUCUGGCAGCCUGGGUGGGAGCGCUCAGGUCUAGUUGUUCAGCAUUGCAAACGGCUACCCUCUAGGACCAACAGCAUGCCAAAUCGCUGCACAAUUGGGCGGAUGCAGCCUCUGCACUUGUCGCCUUGCAAGACACGGCUGAUUUGUGGUCACAAAUCAGCAACACAAACAUAUCGUAUUCAAUAUCGGGAGGGGGGAUUUUUCCUCUCAAUAACCCGAAGCCUAUGUUCGGAGCGAAACCUGAGGGAAAUGAUAUUGAGACCAUCAUCACCGUGAGCCCCCCCUUGUCGUUCUGUGCAGGGUCGACGGAAGCAGGCGACUGCGAGAGGCUUGCAUCCUGCUCCUGGGACAACAUCAACAAUGUCUGCAAGCCGAAAAUAAAGCAAAAGGUGAUCGGAACACCGAUGGAAUGCCGUGACGUCAACACCAAUGGCAUGGACAUGGUGGCAGCGGAGAAGGCGUGCAACGGUUUGACGACGGGGCACUGGGUCAUGGGCGUGGCGGCUAAGAAGUGUGUGUGGGGCGACGCGAAUACGCUGGAAAAGGGCUGGAUGGUGAAAACCGCGCAAUUUAUUGGGAAGUGCUUCGAGGCGGAGGAAGUGCAUCUCGCGCACUACAGAUGUCUAUGCAAUGCAAAAGUAUCCGAUACUUGUAUAAAUGUAUUACAAAUUAUAUAUUUCCUCAGCGUGAAAAAUGAAAUUUGUAAAUGCUGAGUUGCCUUAAGAGAGAGAUUUGUAAUGCAUGAUCGCAAUUUUUAGAAUUUUAUUUAUUACUACGAGUUCGAGUACGAUACUCAUACUUUUGCACAGGAUAAUGUCUAGAGCAGAGCAACAUUGGCGUAACUACGGCGGAGAAGGUGGAAAACUGUAUUUCGGCCAAUGGUGGUGGUUGGUGUCAGGCGAACUCGGACGACAUCGAUCCGGCUACUUUUACGCCCACCGAAACCGCGGACAUUUCCUGCACGUCCAGGCUUCCGGAGUGGCAGGAAGCCUACGAUCCGCGCAGGCUGCCACCUGUUUAUGGGAUACAUCUCAUCAUCUCAACUGUUACAUUCUCCUCUGUUACAUGAAUUUUUGUCAUGCAAAAUUUUUACCAGAAUGAAUCCGCCAGGCGAUCAAGCUGCUUACAACAACUUCGCAUGAGGACAAACCUUCGAAGGCGGCUUCUAAAAAACCGCAUCGAAAUUUUUAUCUGGGCCAAAUUUGUGUCGGGACGAGAGCUGCAAGAACCUUGCACCUUAUAUAGAUACAUUCACUGUUAAAUAAGUUGAAGAUGCUGUUCUUGCAUGAGAGGACAGCAAAUUCGUGCAACAGUUUUAGAGUGUAACUUUUGCAAAUCCCUCCAUACUGUCAAAGGAUGCAUCCUUCUUGAUGUCCCGGCGGUUCAGAUUGAACAC